GUGACCAGGAUAAAGCGCGGCACAAAUAAGCGCCGUCGGCAUAAGAAACUACUCAAGGCAACCAAGGGGCAUCAAGGCGUUCGACACACACUGUAUCGCCGCGCGCACGAGUCGCUGAUUCACGCGCUCGCCUACUCUUACGCUCACCGCAAAGAGAAGAAGGGCGAUAUGCGCAGGCUGUGGAACAUCCCGCAUAAAUGCGGCCGCCCGCGCCAACGGCACUACUUACAGCCGCCUCAUACACGGGCUGAAGCUAGCAGGCAUCGAGAUUAA